UUUUUUUAUUCGAUGCAACCUGUUUCAACCUCUCCCGUAAAUACACCAAAUGAAGUGAAUAACCAAGCAACUGGACCUAUUCCCGCAGCCGCCAUUCCUAUGCAACCCGCUCAACCUGGCCAGCCCUUACCUCCUAUGCAACCCGGACAGCCCAUGCAGCCCAUGCAGCCCAUGCAACCUAUGCAACCUAUGCAGCCCAUGCAGCCCAUGCAGCCUGUUCAGCCUGUUCAGCCUGUUUAUCCAGGACAGCCUGUUUAUCCAGGACAGCCUGUUUAUCAGGGCCAACCCGCCCAACCUAUGGUACCUAUGGUACCUGUGGGUCCUAAUGGCGCUAUCGAUCCGAAGUUUGCACCCGUUCCGAGUCAGUAUGACCCGUCAGGUCCCUCUGUAGCUGAUUUCGGAAAGCAUCUCGAUGUUUUGAAUAAUUUUGGAGGGCUGUACAUUAAACAGCGCGUUGAAGUUCUUGAGCUAGUUACUGGCUUCGAGACCGAGAAUAAGUAUGAUGUGUUUUUGACGGGUGCGGAUUGCGUGCGUGGAAGCAACCAGCAGCCCUAUUUCUCUGCUCACGAGAGCUCGGACUGCCUCCAGCGCCAGUGCUGUGGCAGUAUGCGUGCAUUCAACAUGACGAUUUGCAGCCCAGACGGCCAAGUAGUUAUGAAGCUGGAGCGACCGUUCAAGUGUCAAGUGUGCUGCUGCUUCUUCCUCCCAGAGCUGCACAUCUAUGAUGGCGCGGAUAACAAGAUCGGAUCGGUGCACAACCGGUUCACCUGCUGCAGCGACGAGUUUACCAUCUACAACCACGAAGACAUGCCCGUUAUGUCAAUCCAUGGAGACUGCUGCCAGUGGGGAAAGUUCUGUACUUGCCCCUGCGGCCCUUGCGCGGAAGUCACUUUCGAUAUUUUAAAGGGAGAAACGCAGUCGAGUGGGUUUAUUAAGAAGAUCUGGUCUGGAGCGGCGGAGGAGCUGUUUACGGAUGCUGAUUCUUUCAUCCUUCAAUUUCCUCCUGAUGCAACUGUGUACGACAAGAUGCUUCUUCUAGGUGCGGUGUUCCUCAUUGACUUUAUGUUCUUUGAGAACAACCAGAAUGAUAGUGAUACAAAAAGAUAAUUCUGGUUUGGA